CCUGACCUCCCCAUCCCGUCAUGCACAGCGCGCGAGGAGCCAUGUUGGCCGAAGAGAAGUUCAGUUCGAGUUCUGCAAAAAAUUUCACUCCGGAUUUGGUCGUCCAAAGUUCGGCCGAGAUGGGCUAGCGGACGCCGAGCUUCGCGUCAACAGGGCAUUCCAUAUGACUGAAUAGAAGUCAUAUGUAGCUCUGAAAGUACCAAAACAGGCAGGUCUCCAAGUUGCGUGCAACAAGAUGGGUGACAAGGCAGAAGGAAAAAGCGCUCCGGACACAAAGUUGAAAUCUAAUGCCAAAUCACAGGACCUUCCCCCAGCAAAGGAUGAUGGUCCUAAAAGAGACCGCGACCGUCGGGACAGACCACCCAAGGAGGGAGGCGGGGGUGGCAGGUUCCGAGACCGUCGGAAGGAGAGUAAAGACGAACUGAGCGACGGUCGUAAUAGUAAAACCGGCGGGCAGGGAAAGGACAGGGUGGAAAAAAAUGGCGGCGGCGGCAACAAACGGCCGCAGUCUGCGAGGGACAGAGGGAGCGGCGAAGGUCGUCAUGGCGAUAGGAACAGACCACGUGCAGACUCCAGGGGGGAGGUUCGGAGUGACCACGGGAAGGACGCGGGAAAACCGCGUCAGGAGGACAGGCGGAGUGACAGGCCUGACGACAGGCCGAAGAGCUCCCGUGACCGCGAUCGUAACCGUAGAGACCGCAGGGAUAGCGACAAGACUGCCGCGGGUAAACCUACGGGUAAGGAUGACAAGAAGGGGAAAGACUCCAAGAGGGAACCCAAGAAAACCAAAGAGGAGCUGAAAAAGGAAGAAGAGGAGAGGAAGAAAAGGAUGGAGGAGGAAAGAUUGCUGGCAGAACAGAAAAAGGCGGAAGAAGAGCAGAAAAGACUCGAAGAGGAGGAACGAAGGAAAGAGGAAGAGAAGAAGAGACAAGAAGAGGAACAACGUCGAAGGGAAGAAGAAGAAGCAAGAAGGAAAGAAGAAGAGCAGAAACAGGCCCAUGAGAUGGCAGUGGAGGCAGAAGAGAGAAUCAGGGCGAAGAAGCAACUCAGGACCACUAAUCUUCAUGCUGGAGAUAACCGGCCAGAAGAAGGAUUUUUCAGCAAACUGGACUCCAGCCUCAAGAAGAAUACAGCUUUUGUCAAGAAACUGAAAACAAUAACAGAGCAGCAGAGAGAAUCUCUGACUAAGGAGUUCAACUCAUUGAACCUGACCAAGUACAUAGGAGAAGCUGUGAAUUCCUUUGUGGAAGCAAAGCUCAAGAUGUCAGACGUGAGCUGUGCGGUGCACCUGUGCUCGCUGUUCCACCAGCGUUACGCUGAGUUCACCCCCCAGCUCCUGCAGACAUGGAACAAGUCCUUCCAGGCACGCAGAGAUGACAAGGAGGAGAAGAAGAAGGAGAAGGGAGACAAACUCAGGGUGGACCUGCGACAGGUGGCUGAGCUGACAGUGGCCGGAGUCUUUACAGACAAGGAAGGCCUACCGCUGGUAGCCAGUCAGCUGAAGGCACUGAUAGAUGGAGACAAGGAGGUACACAACAACCUGACUGUGCUGUCCAGCUUCUGUAGGCACUGUGGGGAGGACUACGCAGGACUGGUGCCCAGGAAAAAUAGAUCUCUUGCAGACAAAUACAAUGUCAUCUUACCAAAGAGUGAGGUGUUCCCAUCAGAGAUCCAGGGGAAGUGUCGGCAGCUGCUGAAGGAUUACUUCACCUCGCUGGUUAAACACCUACAGAAGGACCACAAGGCACUGCAGAACCAGGCAUGGAACAACAGGAGGACCCUACAGACCAAAGGAGAGCUGAGUGAAGACAGACAGAAGUCGUUCGAGGACGCCCAGGCAGCGUACCAGAAACUCCUGAUGAAUGCCUCCACCCUGGCAGACCUCCUGGAUGAAGACAUGCCAGAUCUACCUGAAGAUGAUUUUAAAGAAGAGGAGGAGGGAAAUGUGGACAUCUUCCUUGCUAUCAAAGGUGGUGAGGGGGAGAUAGGAGAGAACACCCUGUGGGAAGAUGAAGAGACCAGGAGCUUCUAUGAGAACCUGCCUAACCUCAAGGAGUUUCUACCUGCUAUCUUGUUUAAGGACAGUGAAAAGAAGUCUAAGGAGCAGGAGGCUGAAGCAGACACACCUGAAGACACAGUAGAGGCACUGGAGGAAGAGAUGAGUAACCUGGAGCUGGCCGAGGCAGUGGAGGUGGCAGAGGCUGAAGCAGAGGCUGAGGCAGAGGGAGACACAGACUCCGCCCAGGCAGAGAUGUCAGUAGAGGACAUAGAGAAGGAGAUUCUAGGGACUGUAGAAGAUGUAGAUGAAGACACAGAGGGUGCCUCAGGGUCCAGCACUAAGAUGUUACUGGAGGGUUUCCUACAACAGCUGCCAAACUGUGUCAACAGGGAGUUCAUUGAUAAUGCUGGGCUGGAAUUCUGUAUGAACAUGAACAACAAGACCAACAGGAGGAAACUAGUCAGGGCUCUCUUCACUGUGCACAGGACAAGGAUUGACCUGCUGCCGUUCUACUCCCGUCUGGUGGCCACCCUGCAGCCGUGCACACCUGACGUGGCAGAUGACCUGGUCGCCAUGCUCAAGGGAGACUUCAGGUUCCAUGUGAGAAAGAAGGACCAAAUCAACCUGGAAUCAAAACUGAAGACAGUCCGCUUCAUUGGGGAGAUGACAAAGUUCGGUGUCUUCCCCAAAAAGGAGACUCUUCAUUGUCUUAAGAUGUUACUGCUAGACUUCCGUCACCACCAGAUAGAGAUGGCCUGUGCCCUGCUGGAGUCAUGUGGACGUUUCCUCUACAGGUCACCUGACUCACAUCUGCGCACAAAGGUUCUACUGGAACAGAUGAUGCGUAAGAAGACAGUGAUGCACAUGAACGAGCGCUACACCACCCUGAUAGAGAACGCCUUCUACUACUGCAACCCACCGGAGGUGGAAAGGACUCCUGUGAAGGUUCGACCACCCAUGCACGAGUACAUCAGGAAGCUACUGUACAAAGACCUGUCCAAAAUCACCACAGAAAAGGUGUUGAGACAGAUGAGAAAGCUGAAUUGGCAGGAGGAAGAUACAUGCAGGUACGCCAUCAAAAGUCUGACUCGUGUCUGGAAUGUCAAGUACAACAACGUCCACUGUGUGGCCAACAUGCUGGCUGGACUGGUCCCAUACCAGGAGAAUGUUGGGAUCCUGAUAGUUGAUGGCAUUCUGGAAGAAAUCCGACUUGGAAUGGAGAUUAACGACCCAAAGUACAACCAGCGGCGUGUCAGUGCAGCUAAGUACCUGGGUGAGCUGUACAACUACCGUCUGGUGGAGUCUGCAGUCAUCUUUAAGACUCUCUACUCCUUCAUCACGUUUGGAGUCUCCUUAGAUUCUGCCGUGCCAUCCCCCCUGGACCCCCCUGAGCACAUGUUCCGGAUCAGACUGGUGUGUGUGCUGCUGGACACGUGUGGGCAGUACUUCGACAGGGGAUCCAGCAAGAGGAAACUGGACUGUUUCCUCAUCUACUUCCAGCGGUACAUCUGGGUGAAGAAGUCCCACCCUACCUGGACAGAGGCCCAUCCCUUCCCUAUAGAGGUGGACUUCAUGGUGUCCGACACUGUGGAGACCCUCAGACCCAAACUGAACCUCAGCACCAGUCAGGAGGAGGCUGUGAAGGCUGUGGAGGAGUUAGAACAGGAGUACAGGAAUAAGUACUCUCUCCCAGGGCAGCCAGAGGUACAGCAGCCUGUCACAACUCAGGAGGGACUAACCACUAUUGCUGAGGGGGAGGAGGGAGCAGAACCCACUCCGCAAGUUGACCUGUCGCAGCACGUGGGAGCCCUGUCCAUCCAGGAGGUGGAUGACUAUGAGGGGAGUGACCAGGAGGAGAUGGCGUACGAGCAGGACGGCAGUCAGAGCGGCAGUCAGACGGAGAGUCAGAGUCAGAGUCAGCACCACACCGGGCUGGACCACGCUGAUGAGGCUGGGGAGGAGGGAGACUACGAUGAUGAAGAGGAGGAAGAAGAGGAGGAAGAUGAGAUGUUGGACUCUGCCGGGGAGACAGAGGAUGAUGAUGAGGUGACGCUGCUCAUGGGGGGACCCAAACUGGUCAAGUGUGCUGAGGAUGAGGACUUCAUGUCAGCUUUCGACAAGAUGCUCGCUGAAAACAUCCAGCACCGCAGUACUGAGACUGUGAAGGUUCCUACCUUGGACAUUGCCAUUCCACAGAACAUGAAAGUCAAGGCUAAAGCAGCUCCGAUUGAGCCCAAACCUGAGAGUCCGACUGAUACCGUUAACUUUGUCCUGAUGACCAGGAGGGGGAACAAGGCACAGUAUCACAACCUGGACAUCCCUGUGACCUCUGACCUUGCCAUCAACCUCAGGAACAGGGAACAGGAGGCGGUAGAGAGGGAGAGACAAGACGGACCCUGUAGAGGGCUCCGAGGCAGAUCUGCCCAAGGGACAGCACCUGGCCACCACCAGCAGCAGACAGCCCUUCCCAAGACAAGGCUCACCCAUCACACUACAGACGCCAGGGGGACACACCAGGGCCCAACUGCUAUCCAGCAGCGCAGGGGUGUCCACCUGUGGCUCGCAGUUUUCGGGUUUCAUUGGCAGGGAUGA